GUGGGCAGUUCCUUGGCUUAAGUUAAGCCGAAAAAAAGGUGAAAAUGGCGACGUCCAGUGUAUUCCGAAGACCUUCCAGGCCUCGAAGUAGCUCAAAAAAGAGUGUUUUAUAUGAUGCUGAUGGCAACGAAGUUGAGGUUGAAACUAGAGAAGAUGAGGAACAGAAUAUCAAGCUGGGAGAAACGAUUGAGCUGCUUGUUGCUGCUGGUUAUUUCAGGGCCAGGAUCAAGGGUCUUUCUCCCUUUGAUAAGGUUGUCGGCGGUAUGACUUGGUGUAUUACGACCUGCAAUUUUGAUAUUGAUGUUGAUCUACUCUUCCAAGAAAACUCCACUAUUGGCCAGAAAAUUGCUCUUACUGAAAAGAUUGUAGCUGUCCUACCAAGGAUGAAAUGUCCUCAUCGGAUUGAGCCUCAUCAGAUCCAGGGUCUGGAUUUCAUUCACAUCUAUCCCGUUGUUCAGUGGUUGGUGAAGAGAGCAAUAGAGACAAGGGAAGAGAUGGGUGAUCAGAUCAGAGCAUUUUCAAUCUCACAGUUCAGCAAACAUCACAAAACACCAGAGGAUGUUGAUUUUGAUAACAGGAAGGACACUUCCAUUUCAACCGUAGGGGAGAUCAAGGAUUCCUACAAAGCUCAGAGGAAAUACCGCCGAUCUGAUGCUCACAAGCUGAGGGAUGAAGAGCUCAGAGUUCAAUCAACUUUACUUGAGUACGGAAGGAGAUAUGGUGUUGGAGGAAGCAGUCAGAAUGAGAAGGAAUCUGAGAAGGACCCUAAGAAGAAAGCAGUAGCUGCUGGUCUAUCACCGGUCACCAAGGGAGGAGCAGGAGGAGGAGAGGAUGCGGAGGAGGAGAGAAUAAAGGAAGAGAAAAGGAUUCAGGCUUUGAUGAAAGGCAUGGCUGCUAUGGAAGUAGAAGAGGGUAAAGUUACAGCUAGUAUGGUGGGUAGCAUUGUUGGAUUACAGUCAGAUGUCAUCGGCCAACUAGCUGAGGAAUAUGCAGAAAGGAAAUCUGAGUUACAACAGAUGGAAGAUAAACCAGAGAGAAUGAGUGGAGCCCAGCAACAUCAGAGGAUUGUAGCAUCAUUACAGAAACAGAUUACUGCUGUUAAUAAGAGAGUAGAAGAGUCGAAGGUGUCUGCAGAGAGUCAGCAGCAAGCAUAUAGCGAAGCCCAACAGAGGCUGCAGGAAGUCGAAUCAUACUCAUCAAGGAUUGACGAUGAGAUGGCUAAACUUGAUGAAGUCGGAGGAGAGAACAAAGCAGUCCUUCAGGAGCUGAGAGGUCUGGUAGCAAUGAAUGAAAGCCUGAAGAAACAAGAACAAGAAUUUAGGGCACAUUGUAAGGAAGAGAUGCAGAGAUUGAAGCAGAGUAUAGCUGACCUCCGAGGUCAGGAUGGGAGCGGUGAGGUACAAAUGUCUGAGAGAGAUCAACUUAUCGCUAGACAAUAUGAAGCAGAUAAAGAAAAACUUCAGAAGAUCAGACUACUCCUGGCUCGUAAGAACCGUGAGAUUUCUCAACUCCAGAGGAAGAUAGAUGAAGUGCCUACGAGAGCAGAGCUAACUCAGUAUCAGAAGAGAUUUGUUGAACUUUACAACCAAGUUGCCAGCACCCAUAGGGAGACAAAGCAAUUCUACACUCUUUACAAUACACUGGAUGAUACCAAACUAUACUUAGAUAAAGAAGUCUCAUUACUUAACUCAAUCUAUGAUAAUUUUGAGCAAGCAAUGUCUUCAUCGUCUGGAAAGGAUCAGUUUCUUAAACAGUUUGAUCAAAUCGUCAAUGGAGUCAAGCAAAACUCAUCAAAGGUUGAGAAGAAGAAACAAGAAGAAAAGAUGAAGAGAGAUCAACUCAAUGAUACCUAUCUAGAUCUGGUUGAAAAACAGAGAUUGUACUUUAAAACAGUCAAAGAAUUUCAAGAGGAAUGCCGAAAGAAUGAAAUCCUACUGUCCAAACUUCAAGCGGCAAACUGAGAAAAAUGACGUCAUCAACUUCCAGCUCAGCAGUGUUAUUGCCAAAGUCUCUGUAGCUUAUCAGUACAAUGGACAAGAGACAUCCAAGGAAAUAUCCUAUUCAGAAAUACCUUUGUUUGGCAAAUGCCCUCUCUUCCCCUACAUGUUUCAAAAGAUUUUAGAUCAGGGCUCCGUAACACAAAUAUCAGCGAUCAAUCGCUUAACUGACCAUUCAAUAUCGAUGUUACACGCGCAUCAGGUUUAAAGUACUGACCAAGGACCAAUCAGUCUGGUUCUUUCAUAUUUGCAAUUCAUCGCAAAUCUUUGUGUUACAGAGACCAGGGUUUCGUAACACGAAGGUUAGCGAUUGAUCGUGUGCUUGAUUUUUACGAUCGGUUGUACAUUGUAGUCUAUGGAAUCAAACAUAGAAAAAUGUUCUACGAUCAUUGCUAAGUUUUGUGUUACGGGACCCAGGUUUCACUUGGUCUACAAGCAGUUGGUGUACUUCUUAGAUUGUCUAAUAUCACAUGGGCUAAACCCAUUUGGCCUACCAAUCUGUACUGCCCGCACAGAAACGUUGUUAGCAAUAAGAGAGGCCCUUUUACAAUCAGAGCUACCAAGUCUCACGCAUUAUGCGUGAGACUCAAGUAUUUUGGACUCUUGUUCAUCCCCUCAAAUCUC